AUGGGAAGGAAGCAAAUAUCAGUUACCAGAAUUCUAGUCUUCCUUUUCAUCGUAUUCUUCGAUAGAAUCACACCAAGAACCCAAGGGUUUCGCAUGAAACUCGUCCCAUGGGACUCACCCACCUCCCCUUUGUACCCUGGAAAACUCAGUCUACUCGAGAAACAUCGAAGAAUCAUUUCGCACCAGUUAGAAUCCAUUUCAGCUGGCCGCCGGUACACAAAUUCUACUGUAAAUCUGAAUGAAAUUCAAUUUGCUGUGGAGAACCAAGACAACCUUCGUUUCUCGGUGGAUGUUGAAAUAGGCACUCCAGGCGCCAAUGUGAAGCUACUAGUCGACACCGACGGUGGCUACCUUUGGACUCGAUGCUCAUUGCCGACUCGCCCACCGUUGAACUCCGUAACUUAUAGAAAACUACCCUGUAACCAUCAUAUGUGCCCGAAAGAAAUUUGCAGAUGUAUCAAAAACCAAUGCAUUUGUAACAUCUAUCAUCGAUCGAGCGGUAAUCACUUUAAGCUUGCAGGUUCUGUUGAUAAUUUUCACAUACCCGGUUCGGAAAAGAAAGUAGACAUCGUUUUUUGGUGCUCAGUGCAGCAAUUUUCGAAUCUUUCUGGGACAUUGGGAUUGGACAGGUCACCGGUUUCUCUGUUAAGCCAGACAAGGGAGGAAUCCGGAGGGAGAUACUCGUACUGCCUGCAUAGUGGAGAUAGUUACUUGACAUUAGGAGAAGACAUUUCCAGUCAUGGUAAAAAGGUCAAAAGCACACCUCUAAUACACAACGAUAGUCCGACAUUAUUCCUGAAUUUGACGGACAUAAGUGUCAACGGGAAUAGGCUAGGCCUGUCUCCAAGACUGUUCGCACUGAAAAACGGCGGUGUUUACAUGGACACGUACUGGUGUGACUGA